GCCUUCGUACACCGACAUCGAAUGUGCCCGCGGCAUGAUGUCCCGCGCUGGUCUUCUACAAGCCACCGUCAGAGUCACCUCCGAGAAGGCCCGUCGAAUGCAGACAAGGCAAGAAGAUGGACCAGAUCGAAAAGGAUAAAAGGACAGCCUUCCUCGUCGAAGCAAAGCAUCUUCAUCCAUUCGUCCAUCACUUUUGUUCUCCUCUGCAACCAUGCGGACCUUCGCCCUCCCCCUCGCCGCCAUCUUGGGCGCCCUAUGCCUUACCAAGCUCGCCAACGCCCAGGGCUCCAUGAGCUCGACUGACAGCACGGUGACCCCAGCGGACAGCUUGAUCACCGCCAUCCUUGCCACCAACCAGACUGAGGGUGUUCCCGACGAUGCCUGGCCCGCUCAGCCCGUCGAUGCUACCGAGGUUGCUACCAACACCUCUUCCGUCAUUGCCCGCCGCGCCAUGAUCAACAAGGGCAACAUUGCGCUCCAACGCCGCGCUCCUACGCCCGUCGGGUCAGCCACCUCGCCUUCGGGGACCGCCUACCAGAUCAUCUCUGACGGACAAGACGCAAGCAACCAGUAUGCCACUGCCGCCGUUCAGAUGCCUGCCUACCUGACGUACACCGUCGUCACCAACGCCACGGACGCAUCUGGCAACUGGAACUUCGCCGCAGCCCGCGACGCUUGCCUCAAGUUCUGCGACCGUACGCCGAGCUGCGUGACGGCCAAUCUCUACAAGGAGUACAACAACCCACUGCUUGACUACACUUUCAGCGAGAAGAGCAACGCCAAGUGCGCUCUGUUCGGCGAUGUUCCCGAGCUCGACCAGAUCACCAACAAGGGUGGUCAGCAGCUCAAGAAAGCGCCCGAGCCCUUGACCCGCAUCGACUCCGCCUCGGUCUUCACCGUGCCCAGCCGCCUGGAUGCCAACCCCACCGUCCCUGGCUACACGCAGACGUACGGGCCCAUUAACGCAGCCAACAACGACCCGGGCUACAUGACGUACAAGCUUCUCACCAAGAACGACCCCGUAGCCUGCUCCAAGAUCUGCGACCAGACCUCUGGCUGCGUAGCCUUCAACACCUGGCGCGGUGUCGUCAACGGUGACCCUCGCACCUACACUUGCUCCCUGUACCGCAACUACAUCGACGCUUCGACCGCCAAGAACUUCGGCGACGAUGUCAACAAGGUCAAGGUCACCUACUCGCGAGGCUACGUCAAAUCGGCCGUGGCCGCUGUCCAACAGUGCGAGGUGAACAACGGCAUGCAGGGCUUCAAGUGGGAGUACUACUACCGCCCCAAUGAGGUUACAAAGCCUGACGCUUGCCCCUACGACCGCGACAUCGUCGACCUUGGCGACCCAUCGACCGCUCAGACGACUGGCACUGCCAUUGGUCAAAGAUUCGAGCCUUACGCCGGUGGCAGCACCUUCAGGCCAUAUGGCACCAACCAGGAUCUGGAAUCGUCCCUCUUUACCAUGCUGCACACCUUCUACUUCAAGGCUCCCGCCGACGGAGCUUACAAGUUCCAGCUCGCAAACGUCGACGACGUUGCCCGUGUCUGGUAUGGCGAUGUGGCCAAGAGCGGCUGGAGGACGACUGACGCUGACCAGACGGGCCGCUGCGCCGCACCGGCGGCGGGCGACAAGGUCGUCACGAUGAAGAGCGGUGACUACCUGCCGAUUCGAAUUGCUUGGACUGACGGACUCCCGCCUGGAUCAUUCCUUUUCAGGGUGUUCAGCCCUGCGGGCCAGGACAUGGGUAUCUCCCAGUUCGUCCGAGGGUCGUGCGAUGGGUCUGUUGCUCCCUUCGGAUCUGCCUAGGCGUGAGAGCUCCGCUUCAACGAAGCAGCCUCAGUCAUACUCUCCAUGUCACCGUCCGCUGUCUGUCCUCCCGUGUUCUCCCCAGUAUUCCCCGCCGCUGAGCUUUCUCUUGCUCAGUCGUCUUGUUCUCACUGUGUCAAUGUCAUCUGUGUCGUCUGAAAGCUGCAAGUCUGCGCAACUGUGC